AUGCUGUAGCUAAGCUGAUUCUUUCUCUGUUUUAAAAAUAGAAAAUGCUAGAGCAAUCCUUCCCUUCCCCCUCUAUGUACUCACUAGUCCAAGCUAGUAAAGUCAGUGAAUGGAUUUCAGUGUUGUAGCCAUUCUUCAGUAAGCACAACAAGAUCCUUUGUGAAAAACUGAAAGCAGGAGAAAAAGGUGGUAGAAAUUCAUUUGUGGCUGUUCGUCAGACCCGAGUACCUCCACUAGUGACAGACAAGCUUUCCUCGGGAAGCAAGUAAAUAAUGACAACAAAUACUGCUGUUGAGAGGAGCUGCACUCACCAGAAUCUCCCCAAAAGAAGCCUAGAAAGUAUAGGGGAGUGUCCUGCGAAGCGAAAAGCUAGCUGGGGUAUUCUCACCAGCCAAGGUUCUUGGGCAGAUCGCUCACCUCUGCAUGAGGCAGCCAGUCAAGGACGUCUUCUUUCUCUAAAGACUUUAUUGUCACAGGGCUACAAUGUAGACAUACUAACAAUUGACCAAGUCACUCCACUUCAUGAAGCAUGCCUGGGAGAUCAUGUUGGCUGUGCAAGAAUCCUUCUUGAAGCAGGAGCAAAUGUAAACGCCACGACAAUUGAUGGAGUGACACCUUUGUUUAAUGCAUGUUCAAGAGGCAGUGCAUCAUGUGCUGAGCUCUUGUUGGAGUAUGGUGCCAAAGCUCAGUGGGAGUCCUGUCUUCCUUCACCAACUCAUGAAGCAGCCAGCAGAGGUCACAGUGAGUGUCUGGAGGUCCUGAUAUCUUGGGGUAUAGAUGUGGACCAAGAUCUUCCUCACUUAGGAACCCCCCUGUAUGUAGCAUGUGUUUCACAGCAGAUCCAUUGCAUUCGAAAGCUUCUCUAUGCAGGUGCCAAUGUGCAGAAAGGAAAGCAUUUGGAAACUCCACUACAUGCUGCUGCCCAGCAAUCUAGUACAGAGAUCAUAAACUUACUCCUUGAAUUUGGGGCAGACAUAAAUGCCAAAAAUGCAGAUUUUGAGCGGCCUGUAGAUUUAGCUGCCCCAAGCAGUUUAGUGGAGAGACUGUUGCUUCUCCAUGAAGCUACACCAUCUUCUCUUUGCCAGCUCUGCCGACUACGUAUCCGAAAUUACAUAGGAAGAGCUAGACUGCAUCUUGUCCCACAACUCCAGUUGCCAACGAUACUGAAGAAUUUCUUACAGUAUAGAUAACAUAGUAACUAACCUUUAGAAACUUGAAUAACAAAUACUCUUUUUUUUUCUGUAUAUUUUACCUAAAAAACUGCUGGGCGGAAAAAAAGCCUUUUGCAUAUUAUUUUAAAGAGUCUUUGACACACAGUCUAGGGAUGCAGUAGUAAUUGGGAGCCAUUCAGCAACUGGUACCAAGGUGCUAAUAAAGCUGAAUUGAAUGAAGUAUGCUAGUGCUCUGGGAAAUGAUUGUAUAGUUUUAGCUUAACACUUACUAAUUAGCUUUAGUGCUGUUAAUUGUAUUUAUACUUCAUAAUCUGUUUGACUCAAUUGAACCACAAAGUUUCUUCAUUAUUACUUGUUAAGUUGUCCAUUUAGUCCAUUUUAUGUGUUUUUAAGUUUCUAUUUUUUGUGUACCUAAAAAUACUUGGUGAUAGGUGCAUUAUAUACAUUGAU